UGUUGUCACUUGUCAUUGUCACUGUCAAAAAUAAAUGUCAAACAAAUUCAAGCUGAAUCAAAUUAAAAUUAAUAUUUAAUCAAUAGAAGAAGAAAUACGAAUGUUGUAAACAGUAGGAGAUAGAGAAGCUUUUAAUAUUAAAAAUGGCUUCUCAUUUAAGCACCAAGGAUAGGCUAUUGUCUAUAAUCGAUGAUAUGGAACUUAUAGCCAAAGAGAUGAUAGAAGUUUCAAUAGCACCAAAAUCGCAGAAAUUAUCAGCUGCUGAUCAUGCACAAUUGACUGAUUUGCUGCUCGCUAAAGACGUCGAAUUGAAAAAGACUUUAGAAUUAGCCGACGAACAAGCAAAUAUACAACAAAAAAUGAAUGAACUAAAGGCUGAAGUAGACAAUAAGGAUCAAGACAUAUAUCAUCUACAAAGACAGUUGAAAGAUGCUGAACAAAUUUUAGCUACAUCAUUGUAUCAAGCAAGACAAAAACUUGCUUCUAUAGUUAAGUCAAGGAAAAGGCCUGUUCCUUCUGAAGAAUUGAUUAAAUUUGCUCACAGAAUAAGUGCAUCAAAUGCAGUUAGUGCACCAUUAUCCUGGCAGCCAGGAGAUCCACGGAGGCCUUAUCCUACCGAUCUUGAAAUGAGAUUGGGAAUGCUUGGCCGACUUUGUGACUUGCCACUCAAUGGUCACACACCAUCCACACUAAAUGAACUGCACAGAAUAACCACUGGCGGAGUACCAGCUUCAGCAUCAAACCAGUUCACAUGGCACUCAUCGGGGGAGCUGCACAUGACGGUAGGGGGAGGGAACUCGGUGGCGAUAGACGGUCGUGGUAAAGACGCUCCAAAUCAGGAGGAUGUUGAAGUCAUGUCAACUGACUCAAGUUCCAGUUCCAGCAGUGAUUCGCAAUAG